AUGGCCACCCACCGCCUGACCUUCCUCUACCCCCACCUAUUCAAAUCAACAGCCCGCUGGGGUGAGCCCGCAAUCGCUGCCCGAGGAGCUCGUCGCAAGUCGCAACACCCACCUGCCUUCCUCUGCCAACACCAACACCAUGGCUUCGCAUCGCCCUCGGCCGGGAGACAAGCCGCCUUCGCCAAACGAGCCGGCAAGGGCGUAGAGCCACUGCCACACCACGAGACCUCUGACCUGCCCCCUAAACCCGCGCAAGACAGCAAACAAGAUGGAGCUGGGAAGCAUAGUCAAGAUUCGAAGCCAGGGGACGAAGGGAAACAGCAAGAAACAAAACAAGACGCCCCCGAAAGUCAACAAGAGACUCACCACAAAACAAUCAAACCCUCCACCCCCGCCGAAACCCAAACCAGCGGUCCAAUCCACGACCCUCCUCCUCCGCCACCACCCCAACCCGCCCAUGACCCCUCCACAAUCGAACUCCCUCCCCCAUCCGACAUCGACCCGAUCACCCAAACGAAAAAGGGGUCACCAAUGGAUGAAAUCCUCCACAUGGGCCCUCCCCCCUCUUCCUCCCCUGACGCGCCAUCAUCACCUAUAACCCCCUCCUCCCCCUCAGAACCACCCCCCUCAACCACAGAAACCACCACCAGCACCACCACCAGCACCACCAUCUCUUCCCAAGAGAACACAACCACCCAACAAAAACCCAAACAAACCUACAUCCACCACUUCGACUCCUACUCCCUAGUCAAACACCUCUCCUCCCCCGACCAACCCCCCAAAUACACCCUCCCCCAAUCCAUCGCCCUCAUGAAAGCCAUCCGCGCCCUCCUCGCCCACAACCUCGACAGCGCCCAAUCCGGCUUAGUGUCUCGCUCUGACGUCGACAACGAAACCUACCUCUUCCGCGCCGCCUGCUCCGAGCUCUCGACCGAAGUCCGCAAAAACCGCCGGGUAGCCGACGAGCAACUCCGGCAGCAAAGAACACACCUCCAGCACGAAGUCGAUAUCCUCACCCAGCGGCUCAAUCAAGACCUGUUGACACUUACAGACAGCGUAAGGGGCAUGUUCAACGACCGUAAGAUGGCUGUUAGGGAGGAGCAAAAGGCUGUUGAAUCUAGGAUCCAACAAAUUAAUUACAAAAUAUCAGUCAUGUUGAACUCGGAUUCGAAAUCCGAGAUUGAAGAGGUGAGGUGGGUCUUGAUUAGGAGGUCCGUCCUCGGGAUUUUGUUCAUGGCCGUCUUGACGCUCGGCACGUUGAGGUACGCCACGUUUGUGAAUAGCAAACGGAAAAAGGAGAUGGAACAGAGGCAAAAAGAGCAAGAGGAGAUGAGGAGGAGUAACGGGAUGAAGGAUCACAGUCCUGCGCCCGAGGCGGCGCAGAUUUUGGCUGCUAGCUAG